AUGGAAUCACAAAAAGUCUUCAUCCGGUCGGCCACGGAAGCAGACGCCGACGCUAUCGCUCGGGUGCAUCACGCGGCUCUCUCUCAAUUCCACGACUUUUACAAUGCCUUUUUCCAGCGACCUGUCGAAGAAAUAAUACCUCUGUCUACAGUAGCGGCGUUACAGAAUUCAAAAAACCGGUUUCUGGUUGCCGUCGUCCCCGAGUCAGACGCAGUCGUGGGUUUCAUCAGAUACCACGUCGUAGAUGCGACAGAACCCGCCGCUGCAACAACAACGGUGACCGCACCAGAAACCCAUGCUACAUCACCACCUCCUACACCGUCUAUAUUCGCUAUAAAAAGCCACAUGGAGCAGUUAUGGGAGCGCUUUGGUCAUCCGAGGGAGGACGAGAUGGAUGAGUGCUAUGAAAAAGCUGCGAACGGAAGAAAACACAAUUACAUCAAGCACAUUAUGGUUGAUCCGGUACAUCAGCGGAAGGGUAUUGGUGCGAAGCUUUUGGGGACAGUCCUCAACGUCAGUGAUGCUGAAAAGGUUCCAACUUUCCUGGUGGCAUCGGCUGAGGGUCAUGGUUUGUAUAAGGGUCUUGGGUUUGAAGACCUGGGGACAUGGACAAUUGAUAAUGAUUAUUGGUCGAAGGAAAUUGUUCAACACGAACGGCGACUUGGUAUCAUGGGCAAUGCGACGCUGGCUGAAAAAUUCGAGGGAAACAGGGAAAUUGAAAAAUGCAUGGUCAGGUGGAACAAAAGUGAAGAAGAGUGA